UUUUGUAGUAUCUGCGCCGAGACUCAUUAUGUUAGAGCCAACAAAUUAAAUCAGUUAAAGUAAAGAAGACAUGAAAAACGAAUGAUGAAUAAAACAAGUGUUAUUUGUCAUCAUUCGAAGUGCAUUGUUUUAACUAAAGUUUACGUCUCCCUCAUUGUGUGGCUGUGAUUAAAAAAGAGAUGAUUUGAUUAAUGUAUUAUUUUAUUGUUUACAAUAAGGGACAUUAAAUCACGCAAAGGAAAUGACUUGGGUGCCAGCAGACAUAGGACCAGUCUGUGAGUCCACACAAGCGAACUUAACGGCAUGUUCAAUAGGAUUCCUAUAUUUGUCGUUACUUCAGCAAUUAUUCGGAAAGCCCGGGGAUAUAAUCAAUCCUUCUUUAGGAAAAUUAAGCAUCAAUAACUACGAAAGGAAAUCUGGUUGGGUCGAACAUUACGACUUUAUAAUCGUUGGCGCUGGUUCAGCUGGAUGUGUCCUCGCUAAUAGAUUAUCAGAAAUAAAACAGUGGAGGAUACUACUUCUAGAAGCUGGUGAUGAGGAACCUGAAGUCACUAGUAUACCUGGUGUUGCAACAUCAUUAGCAGAGUCAAAUAUAGAUUGGAAAUAUAAAACUCAGCCAGAUGGAAGAACCUGUUUAUUGGAAAAAGGACAAGUUUGUUCUUGGUUUAGGGGCAAAACGAUGGGAGGAUCUAGUGCAAUCAAUUAUAUGGUCUAUAUGAGAGGUAGUAGGCAUGACUAUGAUGGGUGGGCUGCCGAAGGUAACGAUGGGUGGAGUUAUGAGGAGGUCUUGCCGUAUUUUGAUAAAUCGAUCAACUUACGCGAUUCUAUAUCACUAAAAAAUAAUAAUUAUCAUGGAAUAGGAGGUGAGUUGAAUGUGGAACGAUUCCCCUACCUUGAUGAACCUUCAAAAAUCUUAGUCAAAGGAUUUCAUGAUAAAGGUUUGCCGAUAGUCGAUUUAGGUCUCGAAAGUAAAGUUGGAGUCAAUAUUAACUUGUCAACGUCUAAAGAUGGAAAAAGACAAUCAACGAAUCAAGCUUUUAUAAAGCCAAUACGAGAUGAAAGGCCAAAUUUACACAUAAUCACAAAUGCUUUUGCUACAAAAAUAUUUAUUCAUCCGGUGACGAAAGAAGCUUACGCCAUACAAUAUUUUAAGGAUGGAAAAUACUAUAAUGUCUUUGCAAAUAAAGAAGUGAUUGUUAGUUCAGGAGCAAUUAAUUCGCCGAAAUUACUUAAAUGUUCCGGUGUAGGUCCACGAGAUGAGUUGGAAAGUCUAGGUAUUCCUAUAAUCGCGGAUUUAAAAGUUGGUUAUAACCUUCAAGACCAUGUAACAACCGAUGCUUUGAUAUUAAAGUUUUCUAACCAAUAUUCAACUGUAGUAAGCGAUAGUGAACUUCUUAAUGAGGUUAUAAAGUAUCGCAAUCAACCCGAGAAUAAGUCCGGACCUCUAUCUUCAACGACAGCUGUAAAUAGCAUAGCUUUUAUAAAUACGAAGGGAUCUAAAGAAGAUCCACCGAAUAUACAAUUUCAUUUUGAUGGUAGACGUGUUGCUGAAUAUAUGUCUGAUCCAACAAAUUAUAUGGCAACUAAUAUUCUUCCAAUAUCAUUUUAUGAUAGUGUUGGUGCAAGACCUUUAUUACUUAAACCAAGAAGUAGAGGUAACGUUAUGCUUAACAAAACUGACCCUAUAUUUGGACCUCCUCUAAUAUAUACUGGUUUCUUUCAAGCCCAGGAAGAUGUUGAUGAUUUACUAGAUGCUAUCAAGUUUGUUGUUAGUUUAGAUGAGACAGAAGCAUUUAAAAAGAGCGGGGCGAGUUUUGAUAAAACGCCUGUAAAAGGUUGCGAUCAUAAUGAGUGGGGAACUGAUGACUACUUUAAGUGCUUAUUAAUGAAUUACACAGCAACCAUAUACCAUCCUGCUGGAACAUGUAAAAUGGGACCAGAAUGGGAAGAAGAUGCCGUGGUUGAUCCAAGAUUUAAAGUACAUGGAAUACGAAGAUUGCGAGUCGUUGACGCUUCCACUAUGAGAACCAUAGUUCGAGGUAAUUUGAACGCUCCUACUAUAAUGAUGGCCGAAAAAGCAAGUGACAUGAUAAAAGAAGACCAUAUAGUUUUUUAUUAAUAUAUUCCAAAAAUAUUAUUAGCAUUUAUAAGAAUAAAUCUGUAUGAUUAUUAUAAGAUUAUUAGAAAAAAUAUGAAAACUUUUCAGGAUUUUAGAACAUUUAUAAUCGCUUACUAACCUUCAGGUUUCGACUUCUUUGUUUAUGUUGUUUGUUUAAUGUAGCAGUGAAUGAAUAAAUGUUUUUUAGAAAAAAAUACAUAUUUUAUCGUUCAUGCUUCCCUAUCAGGGUUAGCCUAGUAGCUAGAACGUGCAGUCCUCAACAUUAAGGUGUGUGUACAAAUCACGCUGGGCACCAAUGCACUUUUCUUUCUACUCAUAACUAAGACUCGCCCUUAUAGUAAAGAAAAACGUCGAGAAACCUGGAAUGUCUAAGACUCAAAAGGUGAUGUGUGCUGCAUUGAACACGAAAAAUCUGUGUAAUGGUGUAAAAUUAAAAGAAGUUUUUAAAAUAAUAACUUAU